AUGAAGUUCUUCACCACCAUUGCUACCCUCGUGGCUGCAGCUGUUGCUGCUCCAAUCGCAGAGGCCGAGGCUGAGGCCAGUAGCCCUAUGCUGAUCGAGCGUGCCGGUCCCGGGGGCAUCAACUACGUCCAGAACUACAACGGCAACCUGGGCCAGUUCACCUACAACGAGAACGCCGGAACCUACUCCAUGUACUGGAACAACGGCGUCAGCGGCGACUUCGUCGUCGGUCUCGGUUGGUCAACCGGUGCUGCUCGCUCCAUCACCUACUCUUCCAACUACGCGGCCACCGGCGGCUCUUACCUUNCCGUCUACGGCUGGAUUAACAGCCCUCAGGCCGAGUACUACAUUGUCGAGUCCUACGGCUCGUACAACCCUUGUGGCGCCGGCCAAUCUGGUGUCACUCAGCUGGGUACCGUCUACAGCGAUGGCGCUACCUACACUGUCUGCACCGACACCCGCACCAACCAGCCCUCCAUCACUGGUACUUCUACCUUCAAGCAGUACUGGUCUGUCCGCCAGACUAAGCGCACUUCCGGCACGGUCACCACUGGCAACCACUUUGCUUACUGGGCCAAGUACGGCUUUGGCAACUCUUACAACUUCCAGGUCAUGGCUGUCGAGGCUUUCUCUGGUACUGGCAGCGCCAGCGUUACUGUCUCUUAG